AUGGAACAAAAAGCAAACAAACUCUCAGUCUCUUUGGAAGAUUAUAGGGAAACAAUUGAUUUUUCUAAAACUAAUGAAGAAACUGAGGCUCAGAAAGACGACUGGGCUAGAAAAUCCAAAUUUUCUAACCUACAACCCUCCCACCUACCCCGCAGUACUGCUCAAUCUUACGAUUUUGAAGCAUCAAAAUCAACCCAGCUCCCUAGAGUUCAGGCCGCCGUCGCUGCCGCCAUAUUACAGCUUGUGCGGCAAAAUGCGUCAGGGAGGGAGGUGUGGGCCCGAGUGAGGAGGGCGGGGGCUGGCACAAGAGCCGUUUCACAGGCCCCGAAGGCUCGGCUGAAAGCCUUCUCCAGCUGCACAGCUGCAAUGCCACCGCCGCAGUCCUCAGGGGCCCCCUCUGGGCCCAAGCAGCCCCGAUACCUUGAGAGGAAGACGGCUAACCCGGCCUGGCCUGCCGCGCCAGCUCCGCCCCUCUCCCCCGACCGUUCCCGCUCUUCCCAGACCCGGCGUGGAGGGAAAGCGGCGCGCCGGAAGUGCGUCAAGGAUUGGUUGACGACAUCUCCAGGCGUUCCUUCUCUUGCGUCAUCACGCCCUCCCUGGAAUUCUAGGAUUUUGGUUCCUUUCAAGUACCUGGUUUACAGUUCAGUACGUACCGUCGUGCCCCGGAGCCUCUCGUUGAGGAACCACGUCCUCAGUAAGAGGUCGCGACGUCCAUCCGACCUGGCCGCGUCGCCCCCUGGGAUAUGUAGUGUGGCCGGCUGCUGCCUUCCGCCCGGCACGGUGCUGUCGCCGGCACUUCUUCCUGGUUUGGGAGCCGACUACCAAGAGAAAGGCGAUGUCUCUCGAAAAGAGGCUAAAAACCCUGGGGAUUGGGCUGAGAAAGGGAAGCCUCCUUCUGGGAACUGGAUUCUCUGGAGCGACGAGGACUGGGGCAGGGCGUGGGGAAGCGCGUUCACUCAUCUGCCCAGCUCUCCUGCGUUUCCGGCGCUGAGAGUGCCUUUCACGCGCACACCGUGUCACUGCUACCCUGCACCGCGCCUGUUCAUAACCGAUAUCUUUUUUCUAGAGUCAUUGGUUACAAACAUGCUUCAUCUAAGAGCCAUUUGUCCGUUCUCCCGGAGAGUGUUUCAGUUUCGGCCCUUCAGCUGUGAACCAUUAAUUAUCCAGAUGAAUAAAUGUACAGAUGAAGAGCAAAUAUUUGAUCUUAUUGAAAGAAACAAAGCCACACUUUCAGAAAAGCAAGUGGGAUGUGCAUUUAGUAUACUUUGGCAAUUUCAAAAGCAGAAGACCAGCUUGUUAAAAAAUGUUAAGAGUGUUAGAGACCAUCCCCAAUUUCCUACUCUUCAUAAUUUAACUACAAAUAAAGUCAAACUAAUGAAUGAUGAUACCCUGGUGAAUGUGUUAUACAUCACACAAAAGUUUGCUGUUGAGGCCCAUGACCCGCUAGUUCAAGCACUAGUUACAGAAGCAUGGAGAAGACUGGAAAGGUUUGACAUUAACGUGCUGUCAGAAUUUUCCUCUUGCCUAGAGGAUCAGCAUUUGCAUUUUAGUCCAUUAAUGGGAAAGAUAGCUGAUAUUGUAAAUAGGAACUUGGGAACUAUACAGGACUUAAGGUCCUUGUCUGUCUUGAUGGUCAACAUAUCUUCUUUAAUAUCACAACAUUUUCAAGAACAAUUAGUGAACAAAACAGAACUUCUUUUUGACACCAUAGAUUCUUCUGAGGUCAACACCGCAAGAAGAAUAGUACAAUUUCUUCAAAAUAUUAAAUAUACUUAUUACCCACUAUUAGAAAAGUGUAAUAAAGUGUUUUUAAGCAAUGUGAGCCACCUUGAUUUGGAUUCCAUCAGUAAAAUUUUUGGUCUGUACCAGUUACUACAGUUUUAUAGUUUUGAAUUUAUGACAGUGGCUAAAAAGAGACUAACUGAAAUGAUUCCUCUGAUUGAUCACCCUGCUAGCUUUGUAAAAUUGUUUGUAGCUUUGGGACCCCUGGCAGGACCUGAAGAAAAGAAACAGCUUAAAUCAACUAUAUUACUGAUGUCAGAUGAGCUGAGCAGCCAGCAAGCCCUGGCAGUGGUGAUAGCAAUGGAAGAGAUGGAAAGUAGAAAUUCACAUCUGAUUAAAAGAAUUGCUUCUGUUCUGCAUAAACAUUUGGAUAACUAUAAACCAAUAGAGUUACUGAAGAUAACUCAAGCAUUAACCUUUCUGCAUUUUCAGAGUAAAGAGCUUUUUGUGAAACUCAAAGAAUUAUUGCUUAGUUAUUUGAAAAUUAGUGUCAUACCAAGUGAGAUUUCCAUCCUGGUCUAUGCUAUUUCCAUGCUUCCUUCUCCUCACCUGGACGAAGUGGUGAUAUCCCGAACUGAAGCAGUUUUACCACAGUGUAACCUAAAGCACCUGAAUAGUUUUGCUACAUCUGUUUUAAGAUGGAUUCAGUAUGAUCACAUGUGUUUAGAUAGUAUCACUGGGAAACAACUGAAACUACUUCAAAAAUUAGAUUGCUAUGGUCAUCAGAGACUACAGCAAAGCAACAAUUUGGGUCUGUUAUGGAAGGAACUUAAAUAUUUAAAAGGAGACUGGAUUCCGGAGUCACUUCUUGAAGAGACAAUUUAUGCUUUACAGCGUUUGAUGGAUGAAAUUAAUUACAUAAAUGUUGCGGAAAUUGCAUCUUUCAUUUCUAGAACUAACUACCUCAGUACUUUGCUACUUGAUAGAAUAGCCUCAGUGGUUGUUCAGCAGAUUGAAAAGAUCCAUCCUUUUGCAAUCCCUGCUAUUAUCCUUCCAUUUAGCAUCUUGAACUAUGAUCCACCUCAAAGGGAUGAAUUUUUUGGAACUUGCAUGCAACACCUUAACUCUUACUUAGAUAUGUUGGAUCCUCUCAUGUUAGUAUUUCUUGGUUUCUCUUUGGCCACACUUGAAUAUUUUCCAGAAGAUGUGCUAAAGGCAAUUUUUAACAUCAAAUUCUUAGCCAGAUUGGAUUCUCAGCUUGAAAUUUUAUGUUCAUCUCUAAGUAGAAGGGUCCAGUUUCGUCUUAUGGAGUUAAAUAGAGCAGUCUGCUUGGAAUGCCCUGAGUUUCAGAUUCCAUGGUUUCAUGACCGCUUCUGUCAACAACAGUAUAAUAAAGAUAUUGGCAGCAUGAAUGGAGCACAACAACAGAUUUGUAAAAUGUUAGCAGAAGUACUAGGAGGAAUCAAUUGUGUAAAAGCCUUGAUUCUUACACCAUAUUACCACACAGUAGAUUUUGAGUGUAUCUUGGAUAAAAGAAAAAAACCUUUUCCUUAUGGAAGCCAUAAUAUAACUUUGGGAAAACUACCACAAAUGCACUGCGAGUCAAAUACUCAAAUAGCUGGAUCAAGGCUGCCACCAGGAGCUGAAAGAAUUGCUUUGGAAUUUUUGGAUUCAAAAGCUUUUUGUAGAAACAUCCCUCACUUAAAAGGAAAAUCUGCUAUGAAAAAAAGACAUUUGGAAAUUUUGGGAUAUCGUGUAAUUCAGAUCCCUCAUUUUGAGUGGAACUCCAUGGCACUAUCAACAAAGGAUGCUCGGAUGAACUACCUGAGAGAUCAUAUAUUUGGAGAAAGCAAAUCAUAAUUGUAGUUUUUAUGUGAAAUGAGUUAUCAUGGUGUGUCACAUUUGAGCUUGUUUUGAUUAAGUGACUUAUUAUAAAUAACAGGUACAAAUAUCCUGGGGUAGGAACAUGCCUAGUGUGUGAGAAUAACAAGAGAUCCAGUGUGGCUGGAGCAGAAACAGUGGGGUGGGAGUAUAAUAAGAGAAAAGGAAAGAGAUAACAGAGUCAAAUAUAUACAACCUCAUCGCUACUCUGAGAUUAGAAGCCAUUGGAGGGCUUCAAGCAAAGGAAUGAUAAGAACUCACAUUUUAACUGCAUCACGUCGGCUACCCUGUUGAGAUGAGAAAAGACUGCUGUGGGGCAUAUGUGUAAGAGGGAAACAUGUUACAAGGUCAUUCCAAUAAUCCAGGCAAGAAAUGGAUGGUAGCUUAGAGAGAGUAGUAGCAAUGAAGAUAUUGAAAAGGAAUCAGAUUUUUGGAUGUAUUUUUCAGGUAGAGGCAACAGAAUUUGCUCACAAUUGGAUAUGAGUGUGAGAGAAACAGGAGUGAACAAUAAUUCUAAGUUUUUGUCCCGAGCACUAAAAGGAUGUCAUUACCAUGAACUGAGAUGAAGAAGCCUAUGGAAAGAGCAGGAUUGGUGGGGUCUGGGGAGGGUGGAGGGAGCAUCAUGAGUUUGUUUUAGACAUGUUGUUGCCUUUGUGAUGCCUUUUAAACAUCUAAAUGAGAUACCAGAUAGAGAAUUGAAUAAAUGAGUUUGGAGAUCAGGGGAGAAGUCUAGGCUCCAGAUAUAUAUUUGGAAGUUGUUAGCGGUAUUUAAUGCCACGAGACUAGACAAAAUCACUUAAGAUGUGAAUUAGAGAAGAGUAUGAAUGGAGGAGACUCAGAACUGAACUCCAGGGCACCAGAACACUAUGAGGUCAAGAAGAAGAGGAACCAGCCAGGGAGACUGAGCGGGGCUAGCUAAUGAGAUAGGAGGAAAAGUCAGAGAAGGUAGUAAUCCUUCCUAAUGGAGAAAGCAUUUUGAGGAGGAGGAGGUAAACAGUUAUAUCAGAUGCUGCUGGUAGGUCAGGUAGGAUGAGGACUGGGAAACGUCCAUUAAAUUUAGUAACAUGAGAAUCAUUGGUAACCUUGAAAAGAUUAGCUUUGAUGAAGUAGUUGGUGGGUGGGAAAUCCUGAUUGGUUCAAGAGAAAAUAGGAGACAUGAGUUUUCUUCUAAAUGGAAGCAAAGAAAUGGGGUGGUAGCUGAGUGGAUCAAUCUUGACCUGGUCUGAUUCUAUGUUUGCUGAGGGAGUAGUAAUUUUCCCUCUGUCUUACAUUUAUUUUAAAAAAUGGUUGCUAAAGGAUUACUGCCUACUCUGUGAUAUAAUCCCCAGCCCUUACUCCAAGAAUGAUAUAUUUGUGCUCAGCAGGAAGCUGUAGUGUAACUACCCUCAGGCCACCUGGUGGGGGUGGAGGUAAUUGGCCAUGUGAAACUUGGCUAUUUUCUGACUCCAUGACGUCUAAAUUCAGUCUAUCCCCAAAUAAGCUGGUAGCCAGAGUGCCUUCAGUCAUAAGCAUAUUUUUAAAAUGUGUGUUCUGCAUGUAAUUUGCUCCAAUGAUACUUGGCUUAGGCUUAGUUGAAGUACAUGUUUAAAAUAUCCCAUGACUGUGCAUGACCUGAGCCCCAAUACUCAAUGAUUUUGCAAAAUGUGAACUUCACGGAACCUUUUGUGAAAAACAGAAUCAGAAUAGUAAGGAAGUGAAAGAGGUUUCCUUGUAACCAGUCUUCCUUCUUCUGAAUUUCCUCAUGGCAUUUAUUUAUAUUAAUGGAUAUGCUAAAUAUAAGUGUUUAAUUAUCCAUUUUCUUGAAUGUGUUGUUUCUUGCAAAUGAGAACAAGAACUAAACCCUUGAAUAGGUUAAAAUAUUUUACUAUGCAACUUUUAGAACAAAGUAAUUAGAUUGAUGAAGAUUAUAAAUUGUUUCCUUUGGAAAUAAAUGAAAAUCCAGUUAUUGUGUACUUGAAGUACGUGGAAAUCUUGAUUAAAUGGCCCUGAUGUCCCUUUCACAGAUUGUUACACAUAAUCUAACAUCUCGUGUACAGAUCUCUUACUCUCCUUUCUCCAGGCUGCCUGAUUCAAAUGGUUUUUAUAUAUAUACACAUAUAUAUUUUUUCUUUAUAUAUAUACACAUGUAUUAUAUUAAACUUAUUUGAUGAUUUUUCUAUCUAAAUAACUGAGAUUGUUAUAAACAAAAACAUUUUUUUCAUUGAAAUAUAAU